GGGGCCUGGUGCUCGCUCCAGCCUCAGAGACUCAGCUGACUGGAACCCCCAUCGCAGCCCUCUUGCAAUAGAAUGGAUAUUCUGUUAGAGAUUUCAGGAUGGAUUCCUGGCUGAGGAUGGAAAAACAGAUGUGAAGUCCCUCAUGGCGAAGUUUAACACAGGCAGUAACCCGAAAGAGGAGAUCUCAGUCAGCAGCAGGCCCUUCAAAACGACCGGACAAAACUCACCUUCAGGAAUACAAGCGAAAAAGAACUUAUUCGACAAUCAAGGAAAUGCCACCCCUCCCACAGGACCCAGCAACUUGCCUAAGUUUGGGACACCAAAGCCAGCUGUGGCACUGAAACCUUCCUUUGAGGAGAAAUGUGACAAGGAGCCCAAACCCCCGUUUUUAAAACCUACCGGAGUAACCCAAAGAUUUGGAACACAGACCAAUUCAGCCACUAGAGACCCUGAGGUCAAAGUGGGAUUUCUGAAACCUCUUAGCCCCAAGCCCACCAACCCACCCAAAGAAGAUUCCAGGCCAGUGUUUCCACGGCCUUCUGGGAAUAAACCAUCACUUCACAAUUUGAACCAAGACCCCGACUCAAAGACACUAGGCCCCAAACCAGGGUCUACUCCUCCAGUUCCAGAAAAUGAUCAGAAGCCAGGGUUCCCAAAGUUGGCUGGAGCUAAAGGCAAGUUCAUGCCAGCAUCACAAGAUACUGACCCCAAACCACGAUUUCCCAGACAUACUUUUGGUCAGAAGUCAUCCCUGAGUACAGAGGACUCCCAGCAAGAUGAGAGCGCCACUAAGAACACAUUUGCACAAAAAGGACCCCCAGUGCCACCAGGAGCCAAAUUCAGGAGCAGCCCUUUAAAACCAGCCAGGGAAGACCCUGAGAGUAAAGACCGAGGAGAUGACACAGCAAGUUCACCAUUUGCUGGUGUGGUUCUGAAGCCUGCUUCAAGCAGAGGGAGCCCAGGCCUCCCCAGAAACACUGAAGAAAAAAAAGAAGAUAGGAAAAUAGAUGCCACGAAGAACAUCUUCCUGAGCAAAGUCAAUCAGGAAGAGUCGGCCAGAUUCCCUAAGGCACCUUCCAAGCUGGCAGUGGGGACAACAUGGGGCCAAAGUCAAGAAAAGGUAAAAGGAGACAAGAACUCUGCGGCCCCAAAGCAGAAGCCACUGCCUCCCCUGUCUACCUUGGGCCCACCUCCACCUAAACCCAGCAGACCACCCAACGUUGACCUGACCAGAUUCCGAAAAGCUGAUUCCUCAAACAGUACCAAUAAAGGCCAGACGCCUUACUCAACAACUUCUCUACCACCACCACCUCCAUCAUCCCAGCCUGCCAGUCAGCCACCAUUGCCAGCAUCUCACCCAACACAACCACCAGUCCCAAGUCUACCUCCCAGAAACAUUAAGCCUCCCCUUGACCUGAAAAAUAUUUCAACUGAAGAAAAUCAGGAUGGUGUCAUGCACUCUGAUGGUACUGGAAAUCUAGAAGAGGAACAAGACAGUGAAGGAGAAACAUAUGAAGACAUAGACUCAUCCAAAGAACGAGACAAGAAACGGGAGAAGGAGGAAAAGAAGAGAUUAGAGCUAGAAAGAAAGGAACAGAAAGAGAAAGAAAAGAAAGAACAAGAAUUAAAGAAGAAAUUUAAACUAACAGGCCCCAUUCAAGUCAUCCAUCAUGCAAAAGCUCGCUGUGAUGUCAAAGGAGGAAAGAAUGAACUGAGUUUUAAGCAAGGAGAGGAAAUUGAAAUAAUCCGCAUCACAGACAACCCAGAAGGAAAAUGGCUGGGGAGAACCGCCAAGGGGGCCUAUGGUUAUAUUAAAACAACUGCUGUAGAGAUUGACUAUGAUUCUCUGAAACGGAAAAAGGACUCUCUCAAUACUGUCUCAUUGAGACUUGUUGAAGAUGACCAAGAAGUAUACGAUGAUGUGGCUGAACAGGAUGCUCCUAACAGUCAAAGUGGAAGUGGAGGAGGGUUCCCACCACCACCGGAUGAUGACAUCUAUGAUGGGAUUGAAGAGGAAGACCCAGAUGAUGGAUCCAUGCUACAGGUUGAAGAGAAGAAUAACACGUGGUCCUGGGGGAUUUUGAAGAUGUUAAAGGGAAAAGAUGACAGAAAGAAAAGUAUACGAGAGAAACCUAAAGUCUCUGAGUCAGACAAUAAUGAAGGUUCAUCUUUCCCUUCUCCUCCUACACAACUGGAGAUGAGAGAAGAAGUUUACGAUGAUGUGGAUGCCUCAGAUUUUCCCACUCUAUCUGCAGAGAUGAGUCAAGGAAUUAAUGUUGGAAAGGCCAAAACAGAAGAAAAAGACCCCAAGAAGCUAAAAAAACAGGAAAAAGAAGAAAAAGACCUCAGGAAAAAAUUUAAAUAUGAUGGUGAAAUUAGAGUUCUAUAUUCAACCAAAGUUACACCCUCCUUAACUUCUAAAAAGUGGGGAGCUAGAGAUCUACAGAUAAAACCUGGUGAAUCGCUUGAAGUUAUUCAAAACACAGACGACACCAAAGUUCUCUGCAGGAAUGAAGAAGGGAAAUAUGGUUAUGUCCUUCGGAGCUACCUGAUGGACAAUGAUGGAGAGAUCUAUGAUGAUAUCGCUGAUGGUUGCAUCUAUGACAACGACUAGCACCCCACUGUGUCCAUUCUGCUGCUUAUUAGGGACUACUAUGGAUUUUAAUUGACAUGUUAUUGGGUAUCAUAGAAAAAAUUGAAUGCACAAAAUGAUUUAUCAAUUUUUGUUAUGAAAUUUGAUUAUCUUUACAAAGUUUAAUAAUUUUAAGCUUAGAAAAUGAUCUCUACUUAAUAUCUCAGAAGGCUGUUAGUGAGAUGUAAAAAUUACUAAAUAUCUUGUUUCUUUUUGGGGGGGGUCCUCACUCUAGCCGGGCUUGUCUCACACUCACAGCUGUCUUCCUGACUCAGCUUCCCAAGUGCUGUGAUUCUGGCAAGAGCCACACCUGGCUUAAAAAUCCCACUUUGGCUGUGAUUAGACCAUCAACAGAAAAAUCUCCUCUACCACAUCCCCUUUAAAAAGAAGCACAAACAAUGAAAGGCAUCCAAAGAAAUGACUCAUUUUUAAAAGAACAGAGGAUUUUCCGCAGGAAGGCAGCCUAUAGCUUGAGCUUCCCUUUAUUCUCUCUGUUCAAAUUGUCUGCAUGGAAAAGGCAGCUCUGUCUCCUCUUGCUGGUGGAUAGAAGUUUUUGAAAAACUGUAGCAGCAGCAAAACUUUUGUACUAAAUUGGUUGUGCUUUAUGAACUGUGGGAUCAUAUGUUAGUUAUUUGCAUUCGGUGUGCAUGUCUUAAGAUUACCUUACUGUAAAAGAGUCUAGAAGAAAUCUUAUUUUUGUGGAUUCAGACACUCCCAGUUGAAUUCCGUACUCUGUUUAAAUACCACCGUAGAGAAGACACAGAGGACUGACUACUCUACAAUGUGAAGACUUCAAGAAACAACCUUGAAACUUGCUUACUUUUUAUAGUAACUACUAUGAAGACACUUUGGAAGGUUCUUUAGUUUGUCCAUUACUUCUGCAGAACUUGAUAAUGUUUAUAACCACUUUACUAGAAAGUUUCAGCAGAAGGAGCACAAAGCAGUAAAUCCUAGCACUUGGCCAGGAAUGCUCCCCCUUGAGACCUGCUUCUCACCACACACACCAUCCAGGAAGCACUGGCUCUUGAAUGCUGAAAACACUAAGCGCCAUGAUCCAAAACAGAACAUCCUAGCAUCCAAGAAGAGAGAAGACUGGACAAUUUUUUGAAAUUAAUAAAUCCUGAUGCUGACUCUUCUAUUGCUGACCCUGAUGUGACCCUGACAUCCUUUAUUACCCAUGCAGUCUUCCUGUCUGUAAAUUACAAGAUUAAGUUUAGGUUUUUCCAAGUUUUCCCCUACCAAUUAUUUCCACCUUUUAUUAUUCUCCCCUAUUCCAAAUGCCUGUUUCAGAAGCUCUUUUUCUAAUUUUUAAACUCAUUGAUUAAAUAAUAAUAAUGUACUGCUUAUAUAUAAUGUAAAGAUCCAUUGGAGUUUCUGAAGAGUGACCCCACUGAAUUUUUGAAAAAGUCAAAAAUUGUAAGGGCUGGAAUGAUAGCUCAGUUGGUAAAGUGCUUGCCUCACAAGCAUGAAAACCUGACUUCAAUCACUAAAACCCAAGUUAAAAUGUCACAUGUGGUGGCCAGUGCUUGCAAUCCUAGAACUGGGGAGCAGAGACAGGGGAUCCCUGGAGCUCACUGGCCAACAUGUUCAUCCUAGUUGGUGAGCUCUACACCAAUGAGAGACUGUCUCAAGGAAAGUAGACAGCACCUGAGGGACAAGAGCCCAUAUUGUCCUCUGAAUUCCACAUGUACACACACACACACACACACACACACACACACACACAUUGAAAACACUGUAAAAUAACUCAAAGCCUUCAAAAGAGCUAGAAUUGGAAUUUCUAUUAAGUGCUUUAAAUUUUGAAAUAUCACCAACUUCUGCUCAGUUUAUAGGAUAUGGGGCUCUGAAUCUCCUAGAUUAGAAAAUAUGUAGGAUUCUCUCCAAUUAAGACAUACUUUGAUAGCUGGUUUUUUUGAUGGUAUUAUCCAGCAUGUAUCCUUGUGAUGAACUUCUUUUAAUACUAGAUAAAAUGGUAAUAUUAUAUGGCUCAAAAGAGGCUCUUGUUUGUUAAAUUUUAUAGGAAAUAUAAAUCAUGCCCUGACUGCAUUCUCAGUAAUUUUCCCCUGAUUAAGAACAGUUAAAAUUCCAUGCAAAUGUCAGUUUCUAAAACUCCAAAUUAGAGCAAGAUAAUAUUCAGCUGUGAUUUAUAUUUGAAGAAAUGGACAUACAUCUAUGAAAGAUUUAUGUAAUAAUUAUUUUAAUGUGUUUGAAGUAUAUUAAUUUUAAUAUAGUAAAUGUGAUUUUUGUGUGUGGAAUUUUGUCAAGUGAGAAGAACCAUCAAUAAAAUAUCC